AACCCUUUGUCAUCUCGGUCGAAAUUCUGUCUUCCCUCCGCACUAUCUUCUCAGAACAUUGGAAACCCUAGAUUCUGCUGUGCGUCUGGAACCCUCACCCUGGGUUAAGAGGAGAAGAUGAGAGUGACGAGACAGAAGCGGAACAGGAGGACGGUGAGAUUCUACAAGGUGAGCUUCGGGUUCAGGCAUCCGUACAAAGUUCUCUGCGACGGCACUUUCGUCCAUCAUCUCGUCGUUAAUCAGAUCACUCCCGCCGACACAGCUCUCUCUUCCCUCCUCGGGGAUCCUGUCAAGCUCUUCACUACCAGAUGUCAGCUUGCGGAGUUGAAGAGAAUGGGUAAGGUCUAUGCAGAAUCUCUAGAGGCUGCCCAGAUGCUCACUACAGCAACAUGUAAUCAUGAUAAGCCUAAGGCGGCAGAUGCGUGUAUAUUAGAGGUAAUCGGUAAGAACAAUCCCGAGCACUUCUUUGUUGGUAGUCAGGAUGUCGAAUUGAGGAAGAAGCUUCACCAGGUGCCGGGUGUUCCUCUCAUAUUCUGCCUAAGGAAUUCUCUCCAGCUUGAGCAGCCUUCAGAUUUCCAACGGCAAUUCACCAAAACUUCUGAAGAAGAACGGCAGCAUAUGACUGAGAUGGAGAGAAAGAUGUUGGAGAAGAGAACAAAGAAGAUUUUAGCAUCUAAUGCAGAAGAAUUGAACAUGAACGCUGAAAAUGAAGAAGAUGAUAUCUUGCCUCAAUUGGACGAGAGGAAGCACAUAAUGCAUGAAAAGGGUUCUUCCAGAAAUGGACUCGGAGUGAAGGAUAGGGUUCAGUUCAAGCGAAAGAAAGCAAAGGGUCCAAACCCACUUUCGUGCAAGAAGAAGAAGAAGGAUAAUGAGAAAUCGAAAUCCGGGUCAUCAAAGGAAAUUACAGACAAGGAGAGUUGUAAAAAGAGCAGGAAACGGAGUAGGUCACGUAAAAAGACUUGAAAAAUCUUUGGGACAUAGAUUUUGAGAGACAUCGGAUGCUAAUUUAUGAUUGUUUACCGAUGGUUUUUUAAAUUGAUUUUAAAAGUUUUGUAUUUGAAGUUCUGCUGUUGUAGCAUUGUCAUCCGUCUGAUUAAAAAUACCAUUAGACAUUCCUUGAAA